AUGCCACGAAGGAUAGCUGCCGGCUGCCUCGACAAGUUCCGGAAGUUGAGCGCCUUGCACACGACUUAUCUCAAAUAUAUCGGCCUAUGGGCCCUCGACUCGAACUCGUCCGUUACAUUGAAAUAUCUGUAUUUCGUGUACAACAAAGUGAUCCUGACGAUCAUGUUCGCCUUUGCGAUCACUCUGUUGGCCGACAUCUGCUCGAGCUUCGACGACCUCUCGAUCGUCACCGACGACGGCUGCAUCUUCGCCGGGAUUACCGUCGUGCUCUUCAAGGUGAUGAUCGGCCAGUUCUACCGCGAGAAGAUCGCACGACUACUUUGCAAGACUAUCGACAAUUGCCAUCGACUUUGCAAGUUUCCCACCGGCGACGAAGAGGAGAUCCUGGACAAGUACUUACUGAUCUCCCGCGUGACUUUCUACGGAUUCAGCACGUUGGGCUUUUGCCUCGUGCUGGCCUUGCUGUUCCUCGUACCGGUGGAGAACGGUGGGCUACCGGUGAGGGCGCGGUACCCCUUCGACACGACGCGCUACCCGGGUCACGCGGUCGGCUACUUCGUGGAGGCUUGCAGCGUCUCCGUCGGCAUCACCGCUAUCAUCGGGAUGGACAGCCUGCAUACCAACUUGUGCAACCUGUUCCUCGUGCAACUCGAGAUCCUCAACGCGCAUUUUAGCAAGUGCGGUGCGCCGGCCGUCGCCGACUCGCGCGCCGACGGAGACACGCAUUACGCGAUACCCUCGACGAUCGAAACCGGCGGCAAGGAUAAUUACGAUCCAGACGCGAUUCUCGGCCGCGACGACUUCGCCGAGCGCUUGCGGAGGUCCGUCCGCGGUCACCAGCGGCUGGUCGCCAUAAUGGACGACUUCAACGAGAUGUUCAGCGCCGGCAUGUUCGUUCAGAUGCUCUCGAGCACCUCGAUGAUUUGCCUAACCGGCUUCCAAGCCACCCUGGUGAGUCGUGAUAAGUCAAAGUGCCGCGGUCAGAUCGUGAGAGUCUCGCUUUGUUCCGGGCAGGUCAUAGGCCACAACUCCAACAUCUGCAAGUUCGCGAUUUACCUGGCGGCGGCCGUGUCGCAGCUCUUCUACAUCUGCUGGGUCGGCAACGAGGUGAUAUAUCAGAGCGCACGUCUGGCGCAGAGCCAGUGGCUGUCGGGAUGGAACGACGAGCUCUCCGCCAAGACCGGUCGUUUGCUAAUCUUGUCCAUGAUAUUUUCAAAGAGAACGUUGAAUUUGAAGGCAGGUGUGUUCUACGUGCUGUCCAUGGAGACGUUCACCGCGAUCAUGCGGGGCUCGUAUUCCUUCUUCGCUCUGCUGAGCACCAUGCAGUCGGGAGGCGAGCAGUGA